UCUUAUGCAACGGUAUUAUAUGCUUAAUUUCUUGCUAUGGUAUAUCAUACACAGGACUACUAAAUGGAAUGGGCAUAGGGACAGAUUAUGAAUCUCAGGGUAAUUUUGAUUCUAAAGCUCAAGGUAUUUCUGAUUCUAAACUCGGUCUUAGGAUAGGAAGGGUCACAAUAAAGUAUGUCUUGCCACUAUACAUUUUGUUGAGAUUCAUAAUAGGUCUCAUAAUUUUCUUUGGAAAAUUAAUACAUAUGUAUCGGAAAAGACAUACAUCAAUUUAUGAAAAUAUUGAAGAUUUUCUUCAAAGGAACACCUUAAUGCCAAUAAGGUAUUCAUAUAAAGAGAUCAAGAAUAUGACUGGAGGUUUUAAGGACAAGUUGGGUGAAGGAGGAUAUGGACAAGUUUAUAAAGGAAAGCUACGAAGUGGACCUUUAGUUGCUAUAAAGAUGUUGAGUAAACCUAAGGCUAAUGGACAAGAUUUCAUGAGUGAAGUCACAACCAUAGGAAGAAUACACCAUGCGAACGUUGUACAAUUGAUUGGAUUUUGUGUUGAGGAAUCAAAACGUGCUCUUGUUUAUGAAUUCAUGCCCAAUGGUUCUCUUGAUAAAUAUAUUUCCUCCAAGCAAGAUGGUAUCUCUCUAACUUAUAACCAAAUGUACACAAUUUCUCUAGGAGUUGCUCGAGGUAUUGCAUAUCUUCAUCAAGGUUGUGAUAUGCAAAUUUUGCAUUUUGAUAUCAAGCCUCACAAUAUCCUUCUUGAUGAAAACUUUAUCCCUAAGGUUUCUGACUUUGGUCUCGCAAAACUUUAUCCAAUUGAUAAUAGCAUCGUCACUUUGACAGCAGCGAGAGGUACAAUUGGUUAUAUGGCUCCAGAGUUGUUUUAUAAAAAUAUUGGAGGAGUGUCUUACAAGGCUGAUGUCUAUAGCUUUGGAAUGCUUUUGAUGGAAAUGGCAAACAGGAGAAGAAAUUUGAACCCAUAUGCAGAUCGUUCAAGCGAACUUUUCUUCCCUUAUUGGAUUUAUGAUCAAUUGGUCGAAGAAAGAGAGAUAGAAAUGGGAGAAGUUACAAAUGAGGAAAAUAAUAAUGUGAAAAAAAUGUUCAUAAUUGCUCUAUGGUGUAUACAAUUGAGACCCAAUGACCGUCCUUCAAUGACUAGAGUUAUAGAGAUGUUGGAAGGAGAUGUUGAAAACAUUACAAUGCCUCCAAAGCUUUCUCAAUAUCCAGAUGAAAUUGAAAUCAAUUCUGAUGAAUCCAUAUCAAGUGAUGCUUCUAGCUCAAUGUGUUUUCUUGAGGAAGCUAUAGAACAUCCUUUAUUGAAGAAUCCUUCUACCGGCUAG